UGAGUGUGUUCACCACUGUGUGGUGACAGGUCAGUGAGCUGCCUCAGUCCUCAGCUGUGCAGAAAUGGACUGCCAAUGCCGGAACUUCCACUGGGAUGUUCUCUGACAACAUGCGGCUGUGUGUGAGCGUAUUCUAGUAUGUGUACGCGAGCGUGCGUUUGUGUGUACAUGCAUCGGAGAGAGGGUCAAAGAGGUAACAGCAAUCAUGGCUGUCAACCGAGUGUCUCAACUGUGCUUUGAGAUCACCAGGCUUUGGCUGCAGCUGAAGAUGAUGACAGAUAAAAUUUUGCAGACAGACGAUUUUCCUCUGUGUGCUGCACAAAUUGGCACCGAACUCCAGAAGCAGUUUGCCGCCCUGCCAGGAGGCCGCGGGACUGAUGGCAGCCCUAUCAUCAUCUUCCCAGAAUUCCCAACUUUCAGCGGACUGGAAGAGGACGAAAUCAAAAAUGUGCUUAACUACCUCACUACUGUGCCCAGCAUUGCCGCAUCAGGAAUAGGAUUCAUUCUAGUCAUUGACAGGCGACUGGACCGAUGGGCUGCUGUAAGGGCUACCCUGCUUCGAAUCGCAGGAUCCUUCCCAGCGACUGUAAACUUGGUUCUGGUGUUGCGUCCCACUACUUUGCUGCAGCGGGCACUGUCAGACUUCCUCUUCAAGUUCAACAAGGAUGAGUUCAAAAUGAAGGUGGUCAUGCUGAGUUCGGUGACCGAGCUCCAUGCCUAUAUCGACCCAGGACAACUAACCACAGAAUUGGGGGGCGCACAAGAAUACUGCCAUGAAAGCUGGAUUUCACACCGCACUGCAAUUGAAGCAUUUGCACUGAUGGUGAAAACGACGGCUCACACUCUACAGAACUUUGGCACCGAGCUUGCAGAAACCGAAUUGCCCAAUGAUGCUGAGGCCACCACCAGUCUGCUGCACUCACAUUCUCUCAAAAAAGACAACAUGAAGGAGGACCUACGGGUGUCGCAGUCACAAGGCGCCCGUCUCUUGGAUUAUAUUAAUGAGCCUUUUCAGACUGAUACAGAAUACCUUAUGACCCAUGAUGAACUGGAAAACUUAGCCACUGUACAGCGACUCUUGGGUCAACUGGACGAGACAGAAACGGCAUUUGACGAUUUCUGGGAACGCCACCGUUCCAAGCUGGAACAAUGUUUGCAACUUCGACGAUUUGAGCAGCACUUCCGUGAAGUGCGCUCCCAACUUGAUGCAACGUCGGAACGGUUAUGCGGUUUCUCAGAGGUCAGCGUAAAUCCCUCCCAUGCUGAGCACGUCCUCCGUGAGCUCAGUAGUCAUGAAGAAAAGGCCUGUGAUGUUCUGGAUUACGCAUUGUCGCUUGCCAGCGAAGGCGACGGACUGAUCGAGAACGCUCACUAUGCGGAGGACUCCAUACGGCCCAAGUGCUGUGAACUGAGGGCAGUAUGUGAGGUGAUCAGUUCGACUCUGAGGGACAAGAAGAGCUUUCUUCUAACGGCGAUGGAACUCCACCAUGCCUUGGAGAAGGCCUCCCGUUGGUGCGAAGAGGGAAUUUAUCUGCUGGCGAGCCAGCCAGUGGACCGAUGUCAGUCUCAAGAUGGAGCUGAGGCUGCUCUCCGAGAAUUAGAACGCUACCUGGAAACUGCACCGCUGCACACCCUCAUCGACUGCAGCGCUAUCUGCUGCCAGUAUGAAGCGGUGCUCACCACUCAGCUCAGGGACCAGGUAGAGAGAGUUUUCCAGAAGCAAGGUUCUGUCCAGGAGAUGUUUGAGAAGAGACGCGUCAGUCUGAAAAAGCUUGCUGCCAAACAGACACGACCAGUUCAGCCGGUGGCUCCAAGACCGGAAGUCAAAUCUCCACAGGGAUCUCCCAAUCAACAGAGAAAAGAGAGGAGAUACUCGGCAGAUAAUGCCCUCUGCAGAAAGGUGGAGUCUCCCAUACCCAACGGUGGCACCAGACAUGCCUCCCUCUCCGAGGAAGACGAAAACUUGGCAGUGCUGCGACGUCACGUGAUGAAUGAACUGCUGGAGACUGAGAGAGCAUAUGUGGAGGAGCUCCUGUGCGUUUUAGAGGGCUACGCGGCAGAAAUGGACAAUCCCUCCAUGGCGCACCUCAUUCCUAGUAUGCUGCUGAGCAAGAAGGACAUCCUGUUUGGGAACAUGUCAGAAAUCUACCAGUUUCACAAGCGGACAUUUUUGAAAGAACUUGAGGCUUACACAAACUGUCCUGAACUUGUGGGCCACUGCUUUUUAGAACGAAUGAAGGACCUACAGAUCUACGAAGCUUACUGCCAGAAUAAACCUCGCUCUGAGAGUUUAUGGCGGCAGUGCUCGGAUUGUGCCUUCUUCCAGGAGUGUCAGAAGAAGUUGGAACAUAAGCUUGGAUUGGACUCCUACCUCCUUAAACCUGUCCAGAGAAUCACCAAAUACCAGCUGUUGCUAAAGGAAUUGUUAAAAUACAGUAAAGGUUGUGAUGGCUGUGAUGACCUUCAGGAAGCUCUCUCCUCCAUUUUGGGCAUCCUGAAAGCUGUCAAUGACUCCAUGCACCUCAUUGCCAUCACAGGAUACGAGGGUAACCUGUCAGAGCUGGGUCGCUUGCUGAUGCAAGGCUCCUUUAGCGUGUGGACGGAGCACAAGAAAGGACAUGCCAAGGUCAAGGACCUAGCCAGGUUCAAGCCCAUGCAGCGGCAUCUGUUCUUGCAUGAGAAGGCCCUGCUCUUCUGCAAGAAGAGGGAAGAGAACGGCGAGGGAUAUGAAAAAGCUCCAUCUUACAGCUUCAAACACUCUCUCAACAUGAGUGCAGUGGGAAUUACAGAGAGUGCUAAAGGAGACAGCAAGAAGUUUGAGGUUUGGUGCAAUUCACGAGAGGAAGUUUUUAUUGUCCAGGCUCCAACAUCUGAGAUCAAAACAUUGUGGGUGAAUGAGAUUCGCAAAGUUCUCACCCAACAGCUCAAAGCCUGCAGAGAUGCCAGACAGCAGAAGAGCGAUUCCCCAAACCACACCGCCAACUGCUCCAUCUCCCUCAGUCCUUUUCGGAGCAGCAGUCAAAAGAACCAGAAAAAGCAGGAGGAAAAGAAGGCAGAGGCCAUCCCCGUGUCCGACAGCAACUCUAUGCUCGCCAAACACAAAGAUGAGACGGUGACAAGUCCAACCGCGGACAGGUCCUCAGUGGCUAAAAAGCGUUUUACUUUGCAGGGCUUCAGCAAUCUCAAGAGUCCAAAAGGCUCGGGCAUGAGCCCAGAGCAAAUUGCCAAGCGCCACUUGGUCAAGAGUGACCCGACUCCAUUUGGGUUCAAAGCCUCUCCCAUCAGUCUGAGCAAAGUCAAAUGGGCCAGCGCCUCUAGUCUGUUACAGAACAAGCGGCGAGGCUGGACCAAAGUGUCGCUCUCGGUGGAUGCCUCUGAAGAGAAUGAUGGAUACUCCAGUGGUGAGGAGCCAUUGAACUCUGACACGGAGGAAGAUGCAGGACAGAAGCUGAUUCCAGGAAAGUACACGGCAGUGGCAGACUCUGAGAAGGCAGGACCUCAGGAGCUGUCAGUCAAGAGCGGAGACAUGGUGCAGCUCAUCAGAGAGGGAGAGGACGGCCAGUGGUUUGUGAGGAACCUUCGCAGCAGCAAGGAGGGCUGGAUGGCCCAUGCAAACCUACUCGGUCUAAUUUCUGACUCCAAGUCAUCUCAGUCAAUCAGCAGCUCAGAUGACAGUGUCUCUGGAAACCUGAGCACUUCCUCCAGCUGCAGUGAGACCUACACCAGCUUCUCAGACAUCAAACCUUGACCUAUCCAGUACCACAGGCAACCAAGUGCUGCGACAUCAACGAUCGUCACCAGUGUUUUAGCUGAGUGUUAUAUGCUCAUUACAGUCUCUAUCUGUUCAAUUAUGUAGCAUUGACGUGGACACGUCUCAAGAAUGUCUGCGCUGGAUAUUUAAAACGUACUGCUGGCAGUGAGUCACGGCGAACACAAUUCUCCUGAGAAUAGCAGAGGUGGCAUUUAGUGUUCCAUGUCGAUCAGCACUGUGAAAACUGCCAAUGAGCUGCAACUAGCAUCUACUGACUUGCAGCUCAAGGGCACGAAGAGUCCGCAAAACGUAUCCGAAUAGGCUUCUCUGAUACAUUUGCAGCUGUUCCUAUCAAUAUUAAAUGCUACGCUGCUGGAAUCACCAGCACCAUCUGGUGGUCAGACACUUGUCUACUUUCCACAAAGUAAUCUGAGAGGAUGUGGACAUUGUUCCUUGGAGAGAGCUCGCCGGGCUCACCUCUCAGCUGCUCUGGAUUAACCUCUGAGGCAGCACAGGGCUGGCAGGUGUGACUACAUUCCAGCCCGGCUUGGACUAAAGUCUUAUGUGUGCACGUUCUUGCACAUCUACAUGCAAAUUUGCUUUUCAGAACAAAUCGUACAUGCUUGGUAUCGGAUUUAAAUGUAUAGCUUCAUUAGGAACACUCAAGGAAUUGUUUCAAAUACUGCUUAUCCAUCUCCGGUUUGCACUACUUAGCAAAAUAACAGGCUUUCUCCCAUUGUGCUGCUCCCAGCCCAACUCAGGCAUGUGAUCGUCGUCACUUCUCUUAAAGCAACGAGACCCAGACCGGCUCAGCUUGUUUCUCCCAUCAGCCUGACAAACAUCUUAUUUCUUUACUACAGUCCUGUCAUGUAACAGACAGGAAGGUGCAAACAAUAUGAGAUCUACAUACUACAUACAAACACGGUUGGUUCUGAGGAGCUUGGUUACGAUGCACCUCAACUUGCGACAACCAUUGUGAGAAAGGAAACUUUGCUAGUCUCAACAAUGAAAAUCCCUCCUACCUUGUUUGACAACCAUUUUUUCCUCCAACCCGCGACAUUUAUUGUACUCGCACGUUUGUUUACCAUCCAUGUUAUGUGAGGCACCCAAAUCCAAUGCAGCUCACUGGCAGUAAAAGCAGCCCCACCUGUUUAUUGCUUGGAAUCAGGUCUAUCUGUCUUGUGACAAGCCCAUGUGACAGUUAUCAGCGUUUUUGAUAAUGUAGUCUCCCUGUUUUUGCUGAGAAUCACUUGAAGCGAUUUUUUUUCCUCAGUCCAAUGUAAUUGUCCACUACAGGAUGCAUGUCUUCUCUGUAUAUGGACUUGUUGACGUCUCACAUGCUAAUCUGUGGCUGUCACUGUAUGUUGGUAGUUCUAAUGCAGAAAUGUCGCUCUUGUACUGUCUUCUGACAAAUACCUCACCUCAAUUGCUAGGCGUGAAUAGUCGAGAAUAUUUUUGUGAGUGUCUCCCCCAGGAAAACAUAUUACCAGCCAUUGUUGUACAUUUGGGGUGUUUAUUUUCUGCCCUCAUAUGAAUGCUGACACACGCACUAGUUGUUAGUGUUUGAUCACAGUCGGGCAAUUUGUACUGUCAACAUGGAGGCCGAAGAGAUUUUGUUUAUAUUUUGUACUUUCUUUUUACACAGCACAUUGCAGCCCCCACAAUCUUUAUUUUCCUACUGUAUAGCUACGGACUAUGGCAUUGAUAUAAAGCUAUUAUCUCUGUAUAUUUGUAAAUAUGUAAUUGUGUAUUGUAUGUAAAAUCAGAAGCAGCUUUAAUAAAGUCAGAUGGUUUCCUCUUUUA